AUGUCGGCAAGUCCUCAACAGAGCGGGUCAGAGACGACUUCAGCUUCACGACAAUCAUCCCUGCUUCAGGGCGCAGUGGCUGGCACUGGUUCCUUUUCUCGAGAGGCCUUGUUUGGUCUCAUGGGUGGCCUCGCUUAUGGCUUGACAUCCCCGAUAGUGGGCCACCCAUUUGAUACUAUCAAGACGAAAAUGCAAGCUGAGGUCGCCUAUAAGAAUGCCACUAUCUUGCAAACCGUCAAAUCUACUUUUCAACAGCAGGGCAUUCGAGGAUUCUAUCGAGGCUUUAUUCCGCCUCUGGUGGGCUCCAUGGUUUAUAGAGGAGCAGGUUUCAGUGCCUACAGCGGUGCCUAUUCAGCUUGUUCGAAAGUCGAAUUCCUGACAAAAGAUAUCCCUUUCACGGGUGGUCUAAAACCAUGUGUCUUGGUAGGAGCUUUGGCUUCGAGUUUUGCGAGGGCGACAAUCGAAUCACCAUUUGAUUUUGUCAAAUUACGGUAUCAAAUUGGACAAGGCGUCAUGCAAGAUGCCGGAGCAAGCAAUGACAACAACAAGCCGAAAUCCCAAAUCGCUGCAAGGUCUUUCUUCAGCACUCCAGUGCAAAGUAUUCGCCACCUCUAUCACGGGUACACUGUCACUCUGAUUAGAACGAUUGGUCUGCUGGGCCCAUUCUUUGUUCUGAUUGAUUACUCCGUACGAUACUACCCAGAAGUCGUCAAUUCACCUCUUGUGGGACCCUUUGUCAAAGGAGGCAUUUGUGCCACAUUAGCUUGGACCUUUGCCUUUCCGUUUGAGACAGCAAAAAGUGUCAUCCAAGCUGAUACAUCAGGUCGUUACAAGCAGAUGCGAGGGGCAACGUGGAAAGUUUUGAGAGAGUUGUACUCUGAGGGUGGUAUCAGGCGUGUAUAUAGAGGCUUUGGUCCUGGCGCGUCGAGAUCUUUUGUAGCAAAUGGAGCCAGUAUGGUAGUGUAUGCCUUCUUUCAAGAUUCUGUGAGAAAGGCAUGA